CCAAAGCAUCUCUCGAGGAGAUCACCCCUUGCUUAAAUCAGAGCUUAUGGGAAUGGACGAAGCCAACACCGCCCAUCAACCAGAACACGAGGCGACGACGCCUGAUAACGUGGAGGCAUUGCUUGAGGCUGCUAGAUAUGAUGAUAUUGAUGAUGUCAUAAGCUUAGCAUCUACAGUUGUUUCUCUUGAUUCUAAAGAUUCUCAAGGAAGAACAGCACUUCAUAUGGCAGCUGCUAAUGGACAUAUUGAUAUCGUGGAGUAUCUUAUAAAAAAUGGAGUGGAUCUAAAUGCUUGUAAUGUGGAGAAAAAUACAGCUCUUCACUGGGCUUGCCUCAACGGGCAUAUUGAGGUGGUUAAGAAUUUGAUUCUAGCAGGAGCCAAUGUAACAAUGCUAAACAGCUAUGAAAAGACUCCAAUGGAUGAAGCAGUAAGCAGGGGGAAGAUGGAAGUCAUUGAUGCAAUCAAUGCAGCUGUUGCACAAGUUGAACUUAAUGAAGUUAGAGUUUCCUAAAUGUUGGCGUUUUGGCAAUAGUAAUACAGGAAUGUAGCAGAUUAUCAUGUAUAUCUUUCAGCUUACGUAUUAGACCUCCAUCAUUUGGGAAAAAGUGUAUCUGGGUGACUGUUGCCAUUGAAGUCCUG